AUGGCACUGAUUUGGGAGCUCUUGCAAGAGUACCACUUGCUCUAUGCCCCCGUUGUCGGGGUCGUAGUGCUGCUAGCCCUCAGCGCCGUGUGGAGCGAUCUCUGUGAUGAGAUUCCUUACCGUCGUAUACCACUAGUUGGCAAAACAUGGUGGGAUUUGUCGAACAAGAAAGCAAGAGAGCGGUUCUCUCACUCGGCGAGAGCUAUGUUUUCAGAGGGGUUUGCCAAAGGAUUUGAAGUGUUCCAGAUAUUUGGCGCCACGAGUCCUCUGAUCAUCCUCCAUCCAAAGUAUAUCGAUGAGAUUAAAAACAACCCUCUUUUGGAUUUUGUCAAAGCCUCGGAAAAGAAUUUCUUCAGCGAUCGAAUCCCUGGUUUUGAAGGAAUUCAUCAGAAACGCCAGAGCAUAAUACUGGUGGAAACAGUGCGGGUCAAGAUCACUCAAGCACUUGGUGCAUUAUCUAUCCCGCUCUCUGUCGAAACGGCUCAAAGCCUUCAGGACAUCUUGGGCUCAUCAAAUGAGUGGGUAACCUGCAAGAUGUCCGACAAGCUCCCGUAUAUCGUUGCUCGUGUCUCUUCCUUGUUUUUUGUCGGCGAGACGGUCUGCCGGGACCCUGCUUGGCUCGAGGUGGCGGUCAACUAUACUGUUGACGCGUUUGUGGCUGCACGAACCCUCCGAAUGUGGCCCUCCCUACUGCGACCCCUUGUACACUGGUUCAUACCCAAAUGUCGAAAUCUUCGGCGAUAUUCUGCUGCUGCUCAUGCUAUCAUUGCCCGCGAAGUCAAGAAUCGCGCCGAGGCAGACGCAAACCCGGUUGAUGGCAAGACUAGCCCGCGCACUUCUGAUGCUCUGGAUUGGGCGGAUGAGAUGUCAGCGGUGUAUGGCAUGGAUAUCGACCGGCCACGCAUGCAAAUCGGAUUGUCCUUGGCAGCGAUUCAUACAACGUCGUACACGGUGACCAAUGUCAUGUAUGAUCUGGCUGCCUAUCCAGAAUAUUUUGGUCCACUGCGAGAGGAGAUCAAGGAAGUGCUUGCAGAGGAUGGGAUUCUACAGAAGAAGAGCCUUUCCAAGCUCAAGCUACUGGACAGUGUUAUCAAGGAGUCACAGCGACUCAACCCUGUCGGUAUCAUAUCUAUGAACCGAUACGCCUGUGGCCCGAUCGAACUCUCAAAUGGCACCAAGAUCCCCAAAGGCGCAACGAUUGCCGUCUCCGGCCAUACCAAUCGAGACGACUCCAUUUAUCCUAACGCCUCCACGUACGACGGAUAUCGCUUCUACAGGAUGCGCCAGCAACCGGGUCACGAGCACCGACACCAGCUGGUGACCACCACAAAUCAAUGCUUUGACUUUGGACAUGGCAUUCACGCUUGUCCUGGGCGAUUCUUUGCAGCCAACGAAAUCAAGAUUCUGAUGAUACAUCUGCUGUUGAAGUAUGAAUGGAAAUUCAAGGACCGAGACGGUCGUCCCGCGAACUUUGAUGUUGGAACUGAGAUUGUCGCGGAUCCCACGAUCGAACUCUUGAUCAGAGCUCGCCAGCCCGCUAUUGACCUUGCGGCUCUUGGAGAGUGA